CGAGAAGAUGGUGAUCAUCAAGGAGUACCGUGUGGUCUUGCCAUGCUCGGUAGAAGAGUACCAAGUGGGCCAGCUUUUCUCCGUGGCUGAGGCCAGCAAAAACGAGACCGGUGGCGGAGAGGGCAUCGAAGUGCUGAAAAAUGAACCGUAUGAAAAAGAGGGGGAAAAAGGACAAUACACGCACAAGAUCUACCACUUAAAAAGUAAAGUGCCUGGUUUUGUGAAGAUGAUCGCACCAGAGGGGGCUCUAGUAUUCCAUGAAAAAGCCUGGAACGCCUACCCAUACUGCCGCACUAUUGUGACGAAUGAAUACAUGAAAGAUGACUUUAUGAUCAAAAUUGAGACAUGGCACAAACCAGAUAUGGGCUUCACGGAAAAUGUACACGUGUUGGACCCGGAGACGUGGAAGACAGUUGAGGUUGUGCACAUCGACAUAGCAGAUAAAUCACAAGUGGAGUCUGGAGACUAUAAACCGGACGAAGACCCCGCACUCUUUCAUUCGGAGAAGACUGGGCGAGGUCCACUAGGCCCAAACUGGAAGGCAGAGCUCAGUGCAAAGACGGACACUCCACGAAUGUGUGCAUACAAACUCGUCACCGUCAAGUUCAAGUGGUGGGGCCUUCAAAGCAAAAUAGAGCAGUUCAUCCACAAACAAGAGAAAAGGAUCUUCACCAACUUCCACCGGCAGCUUUUCUGCUGGAUCGACAGGUGGGUGGAGCUCACCAUGGAGGAUAUCCGGCGGAUGGAAGCCGAGACACAGAAGGAGCUAGAGGAGAUGCGCCAUAAAGGCAAAGUAAGAGGCACAACAGCAGCUGAAGAUUAGGGGUUGGCCAUCUGAUAGGCAUACAGGUGGAACGAGAUCCCUUCGUAAAACCGGUCAGGUACGAGGCACCAGUGCUGCUCAUGAACAAUGAGGCAAAACUAAAGAAUCCUGCUGCAAUUUACUGUUGAAGGAAUGACGAUGCGACACACAAGCGACGAUGGCCUGUGGCGUGUUCGAGUCCUCCACCAGAGCGAUGGGAGCAUCCUAAACGAUCAGUAGUACUGUAGCCAUGUCAGCAUCUUACUCAGCACACCAAACAGCCUCACACUGACACAGAGACUCUCACACCUAUAAUCUACUUGCCUAUAAUGACUUUAUUGGAGAAUGGUAGAACUUGUGCUUUGGUACUGAAAAUUUAUUGGAUUAUUUUAGAAAUAACUACGGUUUAGUGAUAUUCCUGCAGCAGAGUUUAAAGGAGUUGGACCAAUUUUAACUGUUUAUGGUAAUAUCCCAGUGUUAAAUGUAGGUCUUGAGGGUUUUUUUUUUUCUUGCUGUUGUCUCGCCAUUUAAACUUUUUUCUUUUUCUUUUUCUUUUCACCCUCACAUUUUUCUCUUCUCAGAUUAAGCACUUGUCAGUGGGUUGAGGUGUUUUAAUUUUUUCAUUAUUAGUAAUAAUCAUGGUUAUAUUUUAGCCUGUUAUUUAGUGGACUAUAAUAGCUUUGUCUUUGUUGUUUUUUGUUUGUUCUAGAAAAUAUUAUGCUGUUGCAUGAAGGGAGUAAUCUGCAGCUAGAAAAGCAAGUGCACGCUCACACACGCACACAAUUUGCCAUCAAUCAUUCUGUCACAUUGGGUGAAGCGCACACACAGACCAUAUAACCUCUUUGGUUAGUGGCUUUGCAUGAGUUUAGCUAUGCCAUGACGGAGCAGGUGUUUUUUGUUUUGUUUUGUAUCCCUUCCCCCCCUCCUUCUGGAGAUCUUCCUGUCCUCAAAGGGGCCUCCGUCCUCAGCACUGAACGGAGUGUAGAUUCAGGCCGUUUAUUGGAGCGUUGAUUCCUUUCAACGAUUCAGACUAACUACCAGUGCAAUUACUGCUGCUUUUUCUAGAGCUCUUAGAGAUAGUGGUUUGCUGCUAGAUCUCGAAUGUCCAUGAAUUUAUUAGUGCUGGCUGAAAUGCUCAUCCUCCAAGAUCAAGAGUCAAGAUUUUUUAGAGCUCCUAAAAAUAAAGAAAAACUACUUCGAAGCUUCAUGCAUGUAUGCUUCAAAUUUAUAUAUAUAUAUAAAACCCUACCUGAAACAGGCCUUCUGUGUGACCCCUCUCAUGUCCGCUUUCAGUCUGGUGUCUUAAAUCGCAUUAGCCAGCGUAGCAAAAAAACCAAAACAAGAACCCCAGUGGUUAGCUUUCUUGCACUGGUCACGCAAGAGACCGAACCUGCUAUACAUAUACAGGGCUUUUUUGACGUUUCCUCUAUAACGUGCUUUAAAUAGAAUGUGUACAGUUUUCUAUCAUAGAGACUUUAAGAGAUUGGUGAUAUUACAUUAUUUCAUUAUGUUCACGGGGAGGUGAGGGAGAGAGACACAAAGCUGUACAAGAUUUUUAAGCGUAGAAUACUUUUAUAUUUUGUAGUCUGAGUGAUCGGCCACAGGAAAGGUGUACCUGAUGAUCUGUAACCCUCCCAAGCUUCUCACUUCUCCUCCUAUUGAUAUAUAACAGACAUUUAUUGAUGGGACGUGUUCAAUUUGAAAUGAAUCUUUUUGACACAAUCAUUAGAUCUGUGUAUUUUUUUUCUUCUUCUUUUCUUUUUUUUAUAGAGUAACCCAACAUGUUUACACUGUUGUGAAAUUUGAAUGAAUUGCUGGAGUUGGCAGCAUCUUUUUCAGGUUCAGUCACUAGGUGAAUGCCAGCCUCAGUGCUAUCAAAAGUUCAGUUUGAAUGCAGAAACUUCUCUCGUAGGGCUUUGUUUACUUGUUUCAUUGCGCAUCACAGUUCAAGCCAUGAGGAAAUUCCUCUAAAUCCGGAUUGAUUGAUCAGUGCACUGUAUGUGUUUGUCAAGCUUAACAUGAGACUCGUGGAGAGGCUGGAGUACUAUCAUACUGUUAGAGUUUCUCAAACUCUUUUGUUCACUUUAUACACUGAACACACUCUAGUGGUAGGGAGGAAAUGAGGGUUUUGAACAUGAGGAUGAUGUAUAAAUCAGAUAUACUGUAAUCAUGUGAUCAUAAUGGAGAAUUUGAGGAAACUCUAAUUUAGUUUUGUGGUCAGUUGAAUUUCAGGGGAAAGAUCAGUGAAUGUAUAAUUACAUUUUUAAAUUAUUUUUUUUUAAAUUGGACAAAAAGGUCUAGGUAAUGCAGCUGAAUGGAACUGAAUAUGUAAUAAAUUUCUCAAGUCUC